AUGACAAUGAGAAAUACUAUGGAAAUGGAUAGAAACAGCACUCCUGUGACCAUGUUUGUACUCCUGGGUCUCACAGAUGAAAAAGAGCUACAGCUUAUCCUCUUUCCAAUAUUCCUAAUGAUCUACCUUAUGACCUUAAUGUGGAACCUGGGUCUGAUCAUCCUCAUCAGGAUAGACUCUCACUUGCACACACCUAUGUACUUCUUUCUCAGUUUCCUGUCAUCUAUAGACAUCUGCUAUACUUCCACCAUUGGCCCAAGGAUGCUUUCAGACUUCUUCAGAGAUGAAAAAUUGAUCUCUUUUGUGGCCUGUGCCAUUCAGUAUUUUGUAGUAGCUUGGAUGGCUCUAUCUGAGUGCUGCCUCUUGGCUGCUAUGGCCAUUGACAGGUAUGUAGCUAUUGGGAGCCCUCUACAGUACUCAUACAUCAUGGUGCCUGAACUCUGUUGGAAGAUGGUUUCAGGAGCCCUUGGGACUGGUUUCAUUAGUAGUUUAUUUCAAACGAUCCCUGGAUUUAAUCUAUACUACUGUGGCCCAAACAACAUUCAACAUUUCUUCUGUGACAUCCCCCAGAUUAUUUCCUUGUCUUGUUCUAGUACAUUCAUCAGUCAAAUGUUUAUUUUUAUUGUAUCUCUGUUUGUUGCAUUGGGGUCCUUGCUUGUUGUCCUUUUAUCCUAUGGCUUCAUUGCAGCUUCCAUCCUGAAGUCAUUCUCAGUCAAAGGUAGUUCCAAGGCCUUCAACACCUGUGCCUCCCACCUGGCAGCUGUGACACUUUAUUUUGGCACAGGUCUCUCUGUGUACAUGCAUCCUAGUUCUAGUCAUUCCACUAAGUAUGACAAGGUUCUCUCAGUGUUCUAUGUCAAUGUCAUUCCCAUGUUAAAUCCUCUUAUCUAUAGUCUGAGGAACAAGGAGAUCAAAGAAGCUCUCAAAAGGGUGAUGAAAAAGGCAAUGCAUUUUCCUUAG